AUCGUCCACUUUCGUUCACCACUAUUCUUCUUGUAUUGAGCAACAAGUAAACCCAAUAUUCUUCUUCUCUUUCACUCUCUUCUGCAUCUCAGCACUAAAACCCUUUGGUUCUUCCUCAAUUACGAUCGCGACCAAGGAUUCUUGUUGUUCUUCUUCCAUUUCAUUCAAAACUUUGUCCUAGUUGCAGCCAUGUCUUCUUUUCUUCCUGCCACAACAGACUCCAUUGCUCUGGCAUUGGAAGCUAAAGACCCAUCUGAGGGCAUCUCCAUUCUUUAUCGUGUACUUGGGGAUCCUUCUUCUUCCCCAGAAGCUCUGCGCAUGAAAGAGCAGGCCAUAACAAACCUCACCGACCUUCUCAGGCAAGAGAAUAGGGCGGAAGAUCUGCGCAGCCUUCUCACUCAGUUGAGGCCAUUCUUUUCCUUGAUUCCCAAGGCAAAGACUGCAAAGAUUGUGAGAGGAAUAAUAGAUUCUGUUGCUAAAAUACCAGGAACAUCUGAGUUACAAAUUUUACUCUGCAAAGAAAUGGUGCAAUGGACUCGUGAUGAAAAGCGUACCUUUCUGAGGCAGCGAGUCGAGGCAAGGCUUGCUACUCUUCUGAUGGAAACUAAGGAAUACUCACAAGCUUUGACUCUCCUUAAUGGCUUGGUCAAAGAGGUUAGGAGACUAGAUGACAAACUCCUUCUUGUAGACAUAGACUUGCUCGAAAGCAAGCUUCACUUCUCCUUAAGAAAUCUUCCCAAAGCAAAAGCUGCUCUCACAGCCGCAAGAACAGCGGCAAAUGCUAUCUAUGUUCCACCAGCUCAACAAGGUGCCAUAGAUUUGCAGAGUGGAAUUCUUCAUGCUGAAGAGAAGGAUUACAAAACUGCAUAUAGUUAUUUCUUUGAAGCUUUUGAGUCUUUCAAUGCUCUUGAAGAUCCCAAAGCUGUCUUUAGCCUAAAAUACAUGUUGCUGUGUAAGAUCAUGGUUAGCCAAGCUGAUGAUGUGGCUGGAAUCAUAUCUUCUAAAGCAGGCCUGCAAUAUGUUGGACCUGACCUGGAUGCAAUGAAAGCUGUUGCAGAUGCUCAUUCCAAAAGAUCCCUGAAAUUAUUUGAAACUGCUUUACGAGACUUCAAGGCACAGUUGGAGGAAGAUCCAAUUGUUCAUAGGCACCUGUCAUCCUUGUACGACACCCUUCUGGAGCAGAAUCUCUGCAGAUUGAUUGAACCAUUCUCAAGGGUUGAGAUUGCACAUAUUGCUGAACUUAUUGAGCUUCCCAUUGAUCACGUGGAGCGGAAGAUGUCUCAGAUGAUUUUGGACAAGAAGUUCGCCGGGACAUUGGAUCAGGGUGCUGGAUGCCUUGUUAUCUUUGAUGACCCUAAAACUGAUGCUAUAUACCCUGCAACUUUAGAAACCAUUUCUAAUGUUGGGAAAGUUGUGGACAGUCUCUUUGCUAGGUCUGCCAAGAUAAUGACAUGAGAUCUCCAUCGGGUUGCUUCAUUUGUCAUUUGAACCGUUGAUACAUUUGUUGUUCUUCUCUUAAUGAUGAAUAGGAAAGCAUUUGUUUAGUUUCUGAAUUUGUCAAAUUCAUAGAUAUUCUUAGUUUUUGAAUCAGUUGACAAUGAUCACUAAACUAUUUCAUAAUAUGUGUUUUGAUAUUAGUUCUUGAAAUUUAAAUGCAUUGCAAGAGUUUGUAUCGAA